GACCUUGUUUAAUGGAAGCGCGUGUGUGCGUGUGUGUGUGUGUGUGUGUCUGUCUUAGUGUGAUCCAGCUGGACUCAAGCCACACCCCUGAGCCGCGUCAUGUCCUGUCUCGUCACUCUCUACCAAUCACAGACCUGCACUGUGGCCUGAUGGGAGCUCAAGCCAGAAUCGCCACCGCCUCCUUAGACCAAACUGUCAAGGUGUGGGAGCUGUCCUCAGGUGAGCUGCUCCUGUCCAUCCUGUUUGAUGUGGAGAUCAUGUCCGUGACCUUUGACCCCUGUGAGUACUUCCUCUUCUGUGGAGGCAGUGACGGCAACAUUUUCCAGGUGUCUCUGUGCAGCCAGAGUCUCAGUCGGGACAAAUCCUUCACAUCUGACAACGACGGGAACCAAGUCUUCAAAGGACACAGGAAUUUGGUCACAUGUCUGUCUGUGUCGAUGGACGGGACUCUCCUCCUGUCGGGGUCACAUGACGAGACGGUUCGACUCUGGGACAUCCAAAGCAAACAGAGUGUCCGCUGCCUGUCUCACAAAGGUAAGCCCCCGCCCCCUCUUCAAUCUGUCCUUUAUAAACUUCAAACUCCAGCCUUAUCUGUCCUUUAUAAACUGCAAACUCCAGCCUUAUCUGUCCUUUAUAAACUGCAAACUCCAGCCUUCAAUCUGUCCUUUAUAAACUUCAAACUCCAGCCUUAUCUGUCCUUUAUAAACUGCAAACUCCAGCCUUAUCUGUCCUUUAUAAACUGCAAACUCCAGCCUUCAGUCUGUCCUUUACAAACUACAAACUCCAGCCUUCAAUCUGUCCUUUAUAAACUACAAACUCCAGCCUUCAAUCUGUCCUUUAUAAACUACAAACUCCAGCCUUCAAUCUGUCCUUUAUAAACUACAAACUCCAGCCUUCAGUCUG